AUCAAAACGUCUUGCCGUGGCUCUCAGUCUAUACAAAUUCCUAAAUCCUGCCAUCUAUCGCCCCUCCUCAACAGCAACAUGAAUGAGAUGCGCGCACAGUCAUCAUACACGUUCAGCUCGAACACUGCUUCAGCCUCCUCCAACCUCAAAGGUGACACUGUUAGACGAGCGAAUGACUCUACGGGAUUUGCAUCAGAGACCGCGGGCAUCCUCCGCCGGCACGUGCAGCGACGUGUUCAACGCCCUCAUUGGUUUUGGCGCCCUCCUGUGCCGCCGGGAGCAUCCCUACUGUCUGGUCGUGCCGAACACGACGCGUUGGAUGGCUGGGAUUCCUCCGCCACUAGUCGGGCGGGCGGUGUCCUUAUCUGAGUCAAGCGUCCAUAUAAAAGGGGACUAAUUGUGGCCGUAAACUUCACUUCACUACAUUCCCUUCCCCAAGCAGCAACAUUCCUAGCCCCUGUGGACAUUUCCACCACACUAUGUCUGCACAGAACAUCUUGGCUCUCGGUGCCUCGAAGAACAUUGGCUACUUCGCCGCUAUUCGACUACUAGACGCGGGCGCGACUGUGACAUUCCUCCUGCGCAACCCCGCCGUCUUCGACGAGGAUGAGGCUAUCAAGAAGGCGGUCGGCGCGGGGAAGGCGUUCCUUGUGAAGGGCGAUGGCCUGAACCAGGACGACGUUGCACGCGCAUGGGCCGAAGCCACUAGCCAUGGGCAUGUGGACACACUUCUCUUCACAGUUGGCGGCGUCCCGAAAGGAUUCUCACUGACGAAGGGCUUCAUCAUCGAACCGCACAACCUCGUCACCCAAUGCCUGCUCAACACCCUCUGCACCAUCCCCAAGGACGCGCCGCAGCCCCGCAUCGUCGUCGUCUCGUCCAUCGGCCUCACGAAGCGCUCGCACUCCUCGCUCCCGCUCAUCUUCAAGCCCUUGUACGCGCACGCUCUCGCCAUGCCGCAUCGCGACAAGCUCGGCGUGGAGCGCGUCCUCGCGUACUGCGCAGGCCUCGCGUGGGACACCUCCGAGGAGGAGCCUGCGGACGAUAUCAUGGGCGCGGGGUGGCGCGACCGCCAGGGCUUGCCAGGGCCCGGCGAGCUGAAACAGGUGCUUAUCGUGCGGCCUGCGUUGCUGACGGAUGGCGAGUGCAAGGCGGACAAGAAGAAGGAGGGGCGGGAACCCUACCGGGCGGAGGAGAAGGAGCUCGGCGGGUACACUGUUUCGAGGAAGGACGUUGGCCACUUUAUUUUUAAGGCCGUCACAUCCGACUGGAACAAGUACGGGGGCAAGAUCAUCAACGUCGGCUACUAAUCCCUUUCGACUGCCCUGAUCAUUGUAACGACUAUGUAUACCUUCGUGUAACGAUACCUCCCCUCAUGAACUUUUUCUUGUAUAACCUAUGUAAUUUAUGGACUUGUGCACGCAUGACUUUCACGUGGC